AAAUCGAAUGAGAAAUCAAAGAACAUCUCAUGUAAUCAACCUUUAUCUAACAUUAAUAGAGUCCUUUUAGAACAACAUAAUCCAUUAUGAGAGAUAGUCCCCAUACAUAAUUGGAUGAAUCUAGUAUUUCAACCAAUAGAGCUCCUCAAAAUAGAGAGUCAAUGAGAGCAAGAAUGAUGAUUAACUAAUCUCAUAAUAAUAUCCAAAAUUAAGGAUAAUAAAUCAGAAAAUAAAUUGCUAAUGAAAAAACAUUUUCAAAAGGAGGCAAUCCAAAUGAAUUUAAUCCCAAGAAAUUUAUAACCAAAGAUCUCAAGGCAUAUUAUAUCAAUUAAAUUAAUAGGAAUCAGAUAUUAUUGAUAUUAAGCAAGUUUUUGAUUACUAUGAUUCAGAAUAAGCAGGAAUCUUAUCUCCUAAUGAUUUAGAAUAAUUGUUAUUGAGUUUU